AUGGCUGUAGGAACCGUUCUAAUCACUGGUGGUACGGGUUAUAUCGGAUCCUUCACCUCCCUUGCGCUACUCGAACAUGGCUACGAAGUCAUCAUCGUAGACAGCUUGUACAACUCUUCAGAGGUCGCCCUCGACCGUAUCGAGCUCAUCUGCGGCAAGCGACCGGCAUUCCACAAGGUUGACCUUACCGACGAACCUGGCCUAGACAAAGUUUUCGAGGCGCACCCUGCAAUUGACAGUGUUAUCCACUUCGCUGCGCUUAAGGCUGUCGGCGAAUCUGCCGAGAUUCCCCUCGAGUACUACCGUGUAAAUGUCGGAGGCACCAUCUCCCUUCUUAGCUCCAUGAAGAAGCAUGAUGUCACCAACAUUGUCUUCUCCUCUUCCGCAACCGUCUACGGCGAUGCCACUCGUUUCGAGAACAUGAUUCCCAUUCCCGAACACUGCCCUAUCGGACCAACCAAUACCUACGGCCGAACCAAGGCCAUUGUAGAGAACAUAAUUGAAGACUUCAUCGGUGCGCAGCGCCAGAACCUGAAGAAGGCUGCCAAACCGUUUGAGCAAUGGAAUGGCGCCAACCUGCGGUACUUCAACCCCUGCGGUGCGCAUCCCACCGGCAUCAUGGGUGAAGACCCUCAAGGUGUCCCAUACAACCUACUGCCUUUGCUAGGUAAAGUUGCGACUGGCGACAGACCCAAGCUUUUGGUCUUUGGCGACGACUACCCUUCCAGAGAUGGAACCGCCAUCCGUGACUACAUCCACGUCGUGGACCUGGCUAGAGGUCAUCUAGUUGCCCUAAACUACCUCCGAGAACACAAGCCCGGUGUCAAGGCGUGGAACUUGGGCUCCGGCAGAGGUAGCACAGUCUUCGAGAUCAUCAACGCAUUCAGCAAGGUCGUCGGCCGCGAUUUGCCGUACGAGGUGGUCCCACGAAGACAGGGUGAUGUGUUGGAUCUAACAGCCAACCCCACUCGAGCAAACCAGGAAUUGAACUGGAAGACCGAACUCACCAUGGAGAAGGCAUGCGAAGACCUCUGGCGAUGGGUUUCGAAUAACCCUAAGGGUUACCGACAGGAGCCUCCUGCCGAGCUGUUGGCUAAUGUCAAGGCUAAGACCUCUUAA